AUGGGAGGAGAUGUGACGAUAAACAACACGCUCGUGAAGACAGGAGGAACUGUGACGACGAACGGCGUGCGGGUGUCGUGCUAUACGGACGCGGAUUACGCUGCCAACAAAGCGACGCGCAAGUCGAUCAGUAGCGCGAUCGUGAUCGUGGGUGGCAUGCCUGUGGCGUGGCAAGUGAAGCAGCAAUCGUCCUUGGUGCUGUCCACUGCCAAGGCCGAAUUCGUGGCGGCCGCUGUUGGUGUCAAUGAGCUGCUUGGCGUGCGCAACCUUUUGGAAGAGGUUGGCGUGCAGUUCGAGCUGCCAAUGAAGGCUCUAGCGACAACCAAGCUGCAAUCAAGCAACUGGCGAACGAGCAAAAACACGUCGAUGUCAAGGUCAAGUUCGUGCGAGACGUAG